AUGGCGCCUUUCGUACCCACGCUGAAAGACAUCGAGACCGCCCGCGCGAUUCUCACAUCGGUCCGUCUACCUAAUGAGCUGGCACUGUGCAUCCUGGACAAAGCUCACUACUGGAUGGAGGUCGAUACGAGCUCCAAAGAGCAUGUCAUCCUCGUGGACGGUACCUGGUCGCUGGACUAUCCAGUAGCGUACCCCUACCUCUAUGUGCCAGCAUAUCAAUGGCCUCACGCACAACACCGUAAGAUUCGCGAGAUAGCGUUUACGGUUGUCAGUCAUGACCAAGGAUGGACCACUGAAGAUACGCAAGGGACCCAUCAGACAUCAUCGUGGUUCGAAGUCUCCAUCAUUCGACCGAAAGGGGCUUCAUCAUCGCGACGCCACCAUUUGCAGCCAGGACUUCGCCGACUACGAGAGAUGAAUGUUAGAGGGGAGAUAGUGGAAGGUGUUCGCGCUGCUUCAGACAUCAUGCACUCUACUGGCAUGGUAGAUUUGGUACGACGCCCCUUGUCGGCCAUGGAACCUCAGCGAUUACACUGCACAGAAAUGAUGCAAGUCAAGCCCCAAGGUGUCAAAGAAGGUGAGUAUGCAUGGUACUUGCAGGGCAAUGAGGUCGCAAGAGAGAAGUCGGUCUUCGAGGGAGAGAUGGUGAAGCAGUAUAGCGUCACCUGGGGUUGCAAACACAAUCCCGUUCAGUCUACAAGUGAGGGAGCUGGAAGCGGUGAAGGCUUCAUCGACACACUGAAGCGAGAUGACUUCAUCUGUGUAUGGGCUCGAGCAAAGAGACGAGGCUGGGAGAACCAUAUCCAUGGGGUCCGGAUGGUUAUCCGAUAUAUGAUCUAG